AUGCCCUCCCAGCAGCGCGUCUCCAAAGCCGGAACGCCAGCCGCCAGAAUGUCGCCAGCAAGCUCAUUCCAGCCCAUCAAUACCUCGCGCGGCUCUCCUGGAAAUGCAAGCCCGGCCGUCGCUUCCCAACAGCAGACCGGAACACCGCCGGCCAGGGUCGUGGCUCACGCUCCACAAGCAGCACCGCAAAGUUCCGCACCUGCAACUCACCCUUCAACCAACACCGACGUCGCCAUGCUCGACGCCACCUACGGGACGCGCUCACGCAACCGGACCAACACACGUCCUAAUUAUGCCGAAGACCAGGACAUGGACUUCGAGUUCUCAUCCGCAGCCACGACGACAUCCAAAAAGAAAGCCGCCGAUGCGCCGCCUCCUCUGCAGACGACGUCCCUUCAAGCAGUCAACGUUGCGGGCCCCUCCAACAAGGAGUCCACCCCGACCAAUUCUGGCGCCGGCACGGCGACUUCCAAGAAACGCAAGGCUCCAGCUGCAGCUCUGCAGCAGACAGCGGCAGCCUCAUCGAUUCCUCCUCCAGCCGCUGUCCGGAAAUCGGGCGCGUCCGCCUCCUCGGCCAUGGCACGUGAGACGAACGUCAUGACCUUUUCGAAGCACCGAAAUACUCUGAACAAGAAAGGCGAGCUCGUAGCUGACGACGGGACGAAAUUGAGCGUAAAUGGUAAGCACUACCUCCCCUGCAUGCUGGAUUUCGAAGUUGCAAGGCUUCCAAACGCCAGACCCCGCCCACUUCCGCUUCCGCGACAAUCAUCAGGUUUCUCACUCUGAUCAUUGGUAGAUCACGUGUACCUUGUGUGCGAACCGCCAGGGGACCCGUACUAUCUUUGCCGCAUCAUGGAGUUCCUCCGUGUCGACUCUGACAACCCAAAUUCGCCAAUCGACAGUCUACGAGUCAAUUGGUACUAUCGUCCACGUGAUGUACAACGAUUCAGCUCCGACACCCGACUGGUGUACGGCACGAUGCACUCUGAUAUGUGCCCCAUCACAUCUCUACGAGGCAAGUGCACGAUCAAGCAUCGUUCCGAAGUCGAAGACUUGGAAGCCUACCGCAAAGAACGGGACUCUUUCUACUUCGUGCAGGUCUUUGAUCGCUUCAUCCGACGAUCGUACGAGUGCAUACCGGUCCAGCAGAUUGUUAACGUUCCCGACAAGGUCAAGAAAGCAUUAGACGAACGAUGGAAAUUCGUCGUUGUCGAGAUCGGCCGUGUCAAGGAGCUUACCAGCGCUGCAAAGUCUUGCAAGCGUUGCGCAAAAUACGCUGCCUCGAGCGAUUCGGUUGAUUGUGCGAUUUGCAAGAAUUCGUACCACAUGAAUUGCGUGCAGCCACCUCUCCCCAAGAAGCCAUCUCGCGGUUUCGCAUGGGCUUGUGGCCCUUGCAGUCGAGCAUCGGAGCGUGAAAUGGAGGCUCGCAACACACCCACGCGCAGUGGCGACGCCACCGAAGCCGAAGAAGAGGUCAUCGAAGAAGAGCAGAUUCCGACCGCAUCUAAUGACACGACGCGUGCGCCUAGUCCGAGCGGCGAUGACAUGGUCAUAGAUGACCAUCCCGCCACUCAGGCCGAGAUUGCGCUGGCGAAGAUGUGGCCCAUGAGGUACCUUGGAAUUCACGCCAGAGUAGAGGAUGCUCUACAGUACGACGAUCGAGCUAUUUAUCCUCGAGCCAGUUCUCGGCUAGGCCCAAGACAUCAAGCAAACGUGAAUAUGUGGCACGGUCGCCCCGUAGAGCUUGUGAAGCCUGCCGAGAUCAAGAAGCGAUACAACAAAGGCACUACGGGAAAGAAGGAGAACAAGCUAACGAAAGAGACGCUUGCCGCCAUGGAAGCGGAGCGCGAAGAGAAGGCCAAACGCCCUAAGUGGGUUCAAGAUGAGCCUCCAGGGUAUGUUGCGCGUGGCGAAGAUUAUCCAAACGAUGAUCCGAGGUGCACUGCCAAACUCAUGUUUGAAAUGCCAUCGGUUGAGAAAUAUCCAAAAUCCGUCGCGGGCGACCCGGCGAAAGAUACGCCAACACGGCAGGUCACAUUCGUCGAUCAGUAUGUCCAUCGCGCCAAGGGUCUUGCGCGGGCAGUCGGGGUGCCUCCGUUUGGCACGAACUUUCUCGACAAGGCAUUGGAGAUUUUUGCUGCCAACAAAUACAAUCCAGAUGCGGCUUUGAAGCAAUUACAAAAGAUCGACCGGCGUGCGGAUUUGCACGAACCAGUGCUAAGCAAAUCGGAUCUUAUCAAAUUCGAAGAGGGUGUUGCAAAGUACGGCUCAGAACAUCGCCUGAUCCGUUUGCACAUGAAGACCAACCUCCCACACUCUGACAUUGUGCGCUUUUACUACCUCUGGAAGAAAACCCCAAAGGGUAGGGAAAUUUGGGGCAAUUACGGUGGUCGGAAGAAGCGCAAAGUCGAGAGUGACGCGGGCGCUCGAUUGCAAGCUGAAGUUGCGAAUGAUGUUGACGAUUCGGCGUUCGACAACGACAAAGCAGUGCGAAAGAAUCGCAGCUUCCAGUGUAAGUUCUGCAGCACUCAGUAUUCGCGCCAAUGGCGACGAGCUCCUGGCGUAUCCCCUGGGCAAACGGCUGCAGCAGACAAGGUCGCAAGUAAGGAUCAGCGUCCACUGCUUGCCUUGUGCCUAAGAUGUGCUGGUCUUUGGCGAAAGUACGCAAUCCAAUGGGAAGAGAUCGAUGAGGUCGCAAAGAAGAUCUCCGCGAACGGUGGACGGGCAUGGAAGAAAAAAAUUGACGAAGAACUCUUGCGCGAGCUGCUGGCUGCUAACGACCCAGCGAAUCAGCCUCCACCGGAACCGGCGAUGAUCGCGGGUGCACCGGACGGCGCGGAACCGCCCAAGAAGAAGUCCAAGACUGAUAAAGAUGGCGGACAAGCUGCUGUUGCUGCUGCAAAGAAGGAAAAGCCACCUCCACCACCCAAAGAGCCAACUCCGCCACCACCACCCAUCAUCCCAGCUCAGCCGACGUGGAAAGUCUUACCUUGCGCGAUUUGCAAGGAUAUCGGGAAUACCAUCUCUUGCGCUCAUUGCAAGCUCACGCUACACAGGCGCUGCUUCGGCGUGGGUGAAACUGAUGGUGUCAGACAGAAUGGCGAGGUACACUGGGUUUGUGAGCAGUGCCAAAACGAUCGUAAUCCGACCGUCUCGACGGACUACUCCUGCUGCUUGUGCCUAACGGAAGAGACACUUGUGGAUCUCGUAGAGCCGCCCAAGGUUUCCCACAAGAAGAAGACCGACCGCGAACGAGAGAAGGAGCGACUCGAGAAGGAGCUCUGCGACAACAUGCGCGCCGAGUAUCGCAACAAGCAAAUUUCUCUAAAUCGCCCUGUGUUUCCUCGAGAACCACUGAAGCGCACGACUGGCAACAACUGGGUACAUGUAUAUUGUGCCCUGUGGGCACCCGAGAUCCGCUUCAGUGACGCGAAGAAGCUUGAAGUCGCAGAAGGUUUCCAACAAAUCCCACCGAGUCGGUUCGAGGCAGUGUGCAAGCUCUGCAAGAAUAAGGAUCACCGUAGUCGACUUCGGGAAAACGCUGGUGCCUGUGUCAACUGCUUCCAGUGCCAGGCAAGCUUCCACGCUUCGUGCGCAUACGAGGCAGGCUACACCUUCGGAUUCGAUGUCCAGCCAGUCAAGGGCUCGCGCAAGGACCAGAUCACAACCGCAACCUUGGGCCAGGAGACCGGUGCGCUGACCGCGGUCAUCCUCUGCAAGGAGCACAAUUCCAAGUCGAUUAUUCAUCCCACCAACGAAGUGAUCGAUGAGAGCGGGAAGACAUCUCUGCAAGUGUACGCCGAGAACUAUAAACAAGCAGAUCUCACCUUGACCGGCACGGUGCGAAAAGCUGCGCAAGCACAGCUGUCUAAAGACAAAGCCCAGCAACCCACAACCUCUGCGCAGAACGCAAGCAGGCGUGAGUCGGGAGCUCACAGCAUUGCUGCAGCGGUCCGACGUGGCGCCCGCAACUCAACAGCCGUUGCAGAGUCAAAGGCAGACCCUGACCAUGGAGAGGUGUCGGGUGCGCCGGACGCCUCGCAAGCCGAGCGACGUUGCGUGAAAUGCAACAUCGACGUCACGCCCAAAUGGCAUCCCGUAUUAAAAGAUCCUCCAGACGGGCGGCCAAAAUCGCCGGAGAGGCUAGACGAAGCUACGGAUUUGCAUAGGCCUCCUGGAGCGUCGGACACUCCAGGUGCGCAGCCACCCCAAGCGAAGCCACAGAACAUUCGAUUCAUGGCGCCAGGUGCCAGCGGCCGUGCGUGGGAUGGCAUGCCUGAGCGGUAUGGAGCACGAAACGCCACUAAUGGUGAGCGAAAUCCCAGCGAGCCGGCUUUCGGUGUACCUGUUGGAACCCCUUCGCGAGAUCCGAACAUGCCGCCGCCGGUCGAGGCCAAUGGAGAACUCCAGCCGCCGAUGGAGGACGGGAAUCGGCGCGAUACCGACGAAGUAUACCAUAAUCAUGCUCUGCCGCGAUACCAAAAUCCAGCUGCUCGUCUGACGCCGGCGCCUCCGCCAGAGCCAGAAGAACCUUCAAAAGAAGAAGAGCCUCAGGGUUUCUUGUGUCACAAGUGCUUCCUGAAGAAGAAGUUGGACCCAACACCGCCGCCUGAAGAUUCCACGGAUAAUUUGGACGCGUCGCCCUCGGCGCAGAAGGACGGCUCAUCACAAGCUCCAACUGUUCGAACAAUUGAGCAGCAAUUUGAGGUAUGGGAUCGGCCACCACCUCCGCCGACGCCAGUACCACCGCCUGUGCAUCAGCCGCCGAUGAUGAACGGGUAUGGUCCUCCUCCGCAUUAUGGCCCAACUCCAGGUAUGCCGCCGCCGCAUCAAGGAUACGCACCGCAUCCGUUUGGCCCUCCAACAAACGGCUAUCACCACCCUCCUCCGCCGCUUCAUGAACGUCAUAGCAGCUAUCCGUUUCCGCCUCUCGCAUCGCCAAACCCAGGUCCGCAUUUUGCACCUCCGCCGCCGCCUCAAUCGCGCGGACCGCCUCUCAAUGGAUAUGGACCUCCUCCACCAAGCCAGCCCAUGGCGAAUGGCAUGCCUUCUCCGCACGCAUCUGGACCGGCGAUGCAGUCACCAACGUACCAACAUCCCCCGCAAAUGCAUGGCACAAUGCCGCCACGGUCCGACCAGCCGUUCCCUGGCGUACAAUUGCAGCCGCUCGCGCCCCCUCUACAUAGCAGCCCAAGCGCGCCUUUUGGGCGGCCACGUUCAGAGCACAUGAAUGGUCCAACUCCUGGUCUUGCACAUCAGCAGCAGCAGCCGCCGCCGCCACCGCAGCAGGGACAUCCAACUCAGCCGCCAACACCUCAACCUCUGGCUGGAAGCCCACAGCCUGGUCAGGCCAGACCCGGGAGCCAGCCUCCACGGCCUACAACUCCGCGAAGUGGACAAGGGAAUGGCACUCCGAAUCCCAACAACAUGGCGGGCGCGAGCGCGAGUCCUAAUCUGAUGAACCUGAUACACCAAUAG